AUGGUAAAAAUUGUUGACUUUGCUCAAAAAAACUUGCGACUGACUAUACAUCGCAACCUUAAGAAAAUUGAACUUAAAGCCUAUAUUCCUCAUCAUAAACCUGCUAUGAUAGAAUUACAUUAUCAGGCUCAUUUUGAAUGGACUCUUGAACAUAAAAAUUGGAUG